UCGGCGCCGCGCCUCAUUCCUCAGAAAGAACAGCAGCAGCAAGGCGCCCAAAGCACGGGGCUGCAAGGAAGUCGGGCAGGAGAUGAGUAAUAGCACCUUGUGGAAAUACUUAGUUAACAGCCAAAAGGAAGAAGCAGUCGCCUUGUUUUCGUUUAGUCAAUACAGCUUCAACAAUGAAAACAGCAAAAGAACAAAAAGUAAGAAUGAAAGAAAUACUAGCCGGCUCUUCAUCUCCUGGACCAAAGAAAAAAGAAAAACCAACGCAUGAACCUCAGCCAAUGGUUAUAAUCCCUACAGUUCCCACAGAGUCUAUGGCAAAAUAUACUUUAGCUCUUCCAUCAGCAAAUAAAGAUAGAAUGCUUGAUGAAAUGGAUAUGCUUCGGAAUAUCACAAGCAAUCUAAACGAGCUCGUAAAAACCAUGGAAGACGUGUAUACAAAGGGUGAAGAAAUGCCAAAAGAGGAAGGAGAAGGAGAAAGAGAAGAAGCAGAAACACCUUUUAAAGAAGCAUAUGAAGAUAUGACCACUUUCCUGAUAUGUUGUACACACCUUAAAAAUCAAUUAGAAACUGCACUUCGUGAAGAAAAACAAAUAUUAGAAUCAUUGCUUAAGUGGUUUGAAAAGGAAGUACAAGAGAUGGAAGAGAUAAGUAUGGAACAACUUAUUCCAGAUUGGGAAGUACCAGUUGCUGAUAAAACCAUCACAGCUAACAUUACUAAAUUACGGGUUCGCAUCCAAAGACUUGAAGACUUGAAGGGUCGUGUUCAGGAACUACCCAAGCUUAUCCAACUUUCUGCACCCAAAAUAGAUAAGAAAAAACCUCCCAUACCUUCUGUUCCUAAAGAUGCAAAACAUGUUAUUGAAGAACUUGCUAUGAAACAUGGAACUGAGGAUGUGAUGAACAUGGUACAGGUUUUUCAAGAUGAUACAGGACAACCACAAACAAUUGAAGUGAUGAACCAUCGUAUGCUAGAAAUAAUGAAAGUAUUUGAAAGACAAACAAACAAGUUACAUAGAGUUUCAAAUGAACAAGAGGUGCUGGAAGGUAAAUUACGAAAGAUUCAACUAGAAUUUCAAAUGCUAGCAGAAGAGAAAGAGAUAAUGGAGGAUGAACUUCAAAAAAUGAAAGCUACUGAGCCAGACAAAUCGGGGGAUACAAGGAAAAAAACAUUACCAAAAAUAGAGAGAAUGAAACCCGAAGAGAAACCUCCUGCUGCUCCAGAAAGGGUACAAACUUUUCCUACAAAGCAGAAGGAACAUCAGAAAAUGAAAGAAGACCUAGGGAAAGCUCAGGCAACCAUUCAGUCGCUUGAAAAUGAGAAGAAAAUGCUUGAAGAGAAGCUGCAGAAAGUAAUGGAGGAGGCUGGGUAUGCAAAGGGUCAACUUGCAGAAAUACCCCCAACUACGCCAGACUUCCAGUUCCCUUAUAAAACAAUUGUGGAAGAUGACAAAGAUGUUCCAAAGAAAGGCAAAAAGCCAACAAAAACUAAAGGCAAAGGAGAAGAUGUAAAACUGGCUUCUAGCGGAACAGACAGAGCAGUCCAUAAGCAGCAAAAAAGUGAGCCAGUAAAACCAGGUGAAAUGCUUCCAGGAAAGGGUCAGGACCUUUCUGAAACAAAACCUAAGAGAAAAGUGAGUGGGAUGCUAGAAAAAGAGCCUAGUCCUCCAACUGACAAAAAGGAAGAGUCAAAGAAAAUGAAAGCUAAAGCAGAGACAGCUGAUUCCAAAGGCGUGCCAAAAUCUAAGGACUCUGGGGAAAUGAAAAAGCAUCGAAAAGGGGUAGAAAAGAAGCACUUGCCUGAAUCCAAAGAAGUUGAGAAAGAAAAAUUAAUAGCAGUUUUAGAUAAGUCUCCUGAUGAAAUGCUUUCACCAGACUCAAAAGAACAGAAAACGGAAAUUACCCCUUCUCCUGAACUCAGUACUGAAGAAGAAGGGAAAGUUCCUUCUGUCAUUUUAGAAAAAAAAUUUCCGAGAUUUCACAAAGAUUCAGUAGAAUUAACAGAGGAUGAAGUCAAGGACUUGGUCAAUAAGAAAAUGCUUCAAGUUGCAGAUCGUCUGAUAGCGCUGCAAGGAAUGCCUGAAGCAGAAACUUUAGCAAAAUUUCUGCUAGAACCUGGCAAAGGGAUGGAAAUAUCAGAUAGACAGAGACUGCAAUUACUGGAUCAGCUGAUUAUUCCAGAUGGGCUAAUGCAAAUUGGUGAAACAGAUGAUGAGCAAACAGAAAAGAAAAGAAAAUUGUUUGGAAGUAUUGCAGCAACACUACAACUUUUGCAGGAAAUACAUGCUCCUGAAGAUUGCCAAUCAGAGGAAGAAAGGAAUGAGAUGGCAGAGAGAAGAAGAGUUUUAUUUCAAAAUCUGAAAUUAGACUUAGAAGAUCUUCGACAAGCACAGGCUAUGGAAGACUUUAAAGAAGACAUUGACAGGAAAAUCAGCGUAUUGUCAGAAAAGAGAAGCUUAUUGCUUGAAAGAUUAGAAUCAAAUAUGAUGGAGUUGAAAGAAGCGCAAGCUCUUGCAGCUAUUGAGCCAUCAGAAAUGAAUGAGUACAGAGUAAAAGAACUGUUACAGGAAAGGGAACAGCUGGAAGCAAAUCUAGAAGAAAAUCUAAAGGAUCUGCAUAAAAUAAGGACUCCUAAAGUUAGCUUAACAGAAAAUGCAAUGGAAAUGAGUGAGCUCACAAAACAAAGAAGCAUCCUGCUUGAAAAUUUAAAAUCAAAUUUGAACGAGUUAGAAGAAGCUGAAGCUCUUGCAGUUACCGAACCGGGCAGUGUGAGUGAUGAAAAGAUGAACGAGCUACGAGAGCAAAGCAGGCAUUUGACUGCACUUCUUGAAACAAAUGAACAAGAUCUGCAAAGGGCACAGGUUUAUGCUCCAGGACUUGCAGAGCAAGAAAGGGAAUUGUAUAAAAUGCAUAAACUAUCUGAAAAGAAACAAUUGUUGUUAGAAAAGUUGGAGUCCAAUCAGAAAGAGCUACAAGAAGCUCAGGAACUUGAGGCUAUCCAACCAGGGAGUGUCAGCGCACAUAAGCUGGAGGAGUUGUCUGAGCAAAGGAAGCAUUUGACUGCAGAACUAGAAGCAACAGUGGAUGACAUGCAAAAUGUGAUUCGUUAUGCAUCUGAAAAAGCUAUAUAUAUACCACCUAUUGAAAAGGAAUUGUCUAAAAUGCAUAAACUAUCUGAAAAGAAGCAACAAUUGUUAGAAAAGUUGGAGUCCAAUCAGAAAGAACUACAAGAAGCUCAGCAACUUGAAGCUACCCAGCCAGGCAGUGUCAGUGCACACAGACUGGAGGAGUUGUCAGAGCAAAGGAAACAUUUGACUGCAGAACUAGAGGCAACAAUGGAUGACAUACAAAAAAUACCUCGCUAUGCAUCAGAAAAAGCUAUAUUUAUAUCACCUGUUGAAAGGGAAUUGUCUAAAAUGCAUAAACUAUCUGAAAAGAAGCAACAAUUGUUAGAAAAGCUGGAGUCCAAUCAGAAAGAGCUACAAGAAGCUCAGCAACUUGAAGCUACCCAGCCAGGCAGUGUCAGUGCACACAGACUGGAGGAGUUGUCAGAGCAAAGGAAACAUUUGACUGCAGAACUGGAGGCAACAAUGGAUGACAUACAAAAAAUACCUCGCUAUGCAUCAGAAAAAGCUAUAUUUAUAUCACCUGUUGAAAGGGAAUUGUCUAAAAUGCAUAAACUAUCUGAAAAGAAGCAACAAUUGUUAGAAAAGCUGGAGUCCAAUCAGAAAGAGCUACAAGAAGCUCAGCAACUUGAAGCUACCCAGCCAGGCAGUGUCAGUGCACACAGACUGGAGGAGUUGUCAGAGCAAAGGAAACAUUUGACUGCAGAACUGGAGGCAACAAUGGAUGACAUACAAAAAAUACCUCGCUAUGCAUCAGAAAAAGCUAUAUUUAUAUCACCUGUUGAAAAGGAAUUGUCUAAAAUGCAUAAACUAUCUGAAAAGAAGCAACAAUUGUUAGAAAAGCUGAAAUCUAAUCAGAAAGAGCUACAAGAAGCUCAGCAACUUGAAGCUACCCAGCCAGGCAGUGUCAGUGCACACAGACUGGAGGAGUUGUCAGAGCAAAGGAAACAUUUGACUGCAGAACUAGAGGCAACAGUGGAUGACAUACAAAAAAUACCUCGCUAUGUAUCAGAAAAAGCUAUAUUUAUACCACCUGUUGAAAGGGAAUUGUCUAAAAUGCAUAAACUAUCUGAAAAGAAGCAACAGUUGUUAGAAAAGUUGGAAUCUAAUCAGAAAGAGCUACAAGAGGCUCAACAUCUUGCAGCUACCCAGCCAGGCAGUGUCAGUGCACACAGGCUGGAGGAGUUGUCCGAACAAAGGAAACAUUUGACUGAAGAACUAGAGGCAACAGUAGAUGACAUGCAAAAAAUGCCUCGUUAUGCAUCAGAAAAAGCUAUAUUUAUACCACCUGUUGAAAGGGAAUUGUCUAAAAUGCAUAAACUAUCUGAAAAGAAGCAACUAUUGUCAGAAAAGCUGGAAUCUAAUCAGAAAGAGUUACAAGAAGCUCAGCAACUUGCAGCUACCCAGCCAGGCAGUGUCAGUGCACACAGACUGGAGGAGUUGUCCGAGCAAAGGAAACGCUUGACUGCAGAUCUAGAGGCAACAGUGGAUGACAUGCAAAAUAUGUAUCAUCAUGUUUCAGAAAGGGCUAUAUUUGUACCACCUAUUAAAAGGGAUUUGUCUAAAAUACAUAAAUUAGCUGAAAAGAAGCAAAUGUUGUUAGAAAAGUUGGAAUCUAAUCAGAAAGAGCUACAAGAAGCCCAGCAACUUGAAGCUGCCCAGCCAGGCAGUGUCAGUGCACACAGGCUGGAGGAGUUGUCUGAGCAAAGGAAACAGUUGACUGCAAAUCUAGAGACAACACUGGGUGACAUACAAAAUAUAUAUCGCACUGCUUCAGAAAAAGCUAUAUAUAUACCACCUAUUGAAAGGGAAUUGUCUAAAAUACACAAUCUAUCUGAAAAGAAGCAACUGUUGCUAAAAAAAUUGGAAUCUAACCAAAAAGAGCUACAAGAAGCUCAGCAACUUGCAGCUACCCAGCCAGGCAGUGUCAGUGCACACAGGCUGGAGGAGUUGUCUGAGCAAAGGAAACAGUUGACUGCAGAUUUGGAGGCAACAGUGGAUGACAUGCAAAAUGCAUACUGUUAUGCCACAGAAAGAGCUGUAUUUGUACCACCUUUUGCAAGAGACUUAGAUGAGCUCUCCGAGACGAAACAAGAUUUGAUGGGAAAGUUGGAAUCAAAUUGGAAGGAGCUACAAGAAGCUCAGCAACUUGCAAUUUUACAACCAGGAAGUAUCAGUGAUCAUAAGCUGCGGGCAUUAUUUAACCAAAGAAGGGAAUUGACUGAGAAACUACAGGCAGCGGUGCAUGACAUAGAAAAGGAACAGAGGCUUGCUGUAGAAGAAACAGGAAUUAUGCUGCAAUCUGGAAAGGAAUUGUGUGAGCUGUCUGCAAAGAAGCAUGAAUUACUGGAACAGAUGAAAUAUAAUCAGAACGAGCUACGAGAAGCUCAGGAACGUGUAGCUACACAACGAGGCAGUAUUAGUGAGAGUAAACUACAAGAGAUAGUUGAGCAAGGAAAAUAUUUGAAUGAAAAGCUAGAAGAAACAUUGCGUGAUUUAGUAAAAGUUGAACGCCUUGCUUCAGCGAGAGCACUGGCUGGAAAACCUGAGGAAACAGAAUUAUAUGAGCUAUCUGCGAAGAAGCAACUUUUACAGUCAUAUUUGGAUUCCAAUUGGGAGGCUCUACAGGAAGCUCAGAAUCUUGCUAUUACCCAACCAGACAGUAUCAGCGAAGACAAAGUUCGGGAGCUUGCUGAGGAAAGAAAACAGUUGACUGCAGAGUUGAAGACAACUAUGCAAAAACUACAAGAGGUGGAACGCCGUGUUUCUAAAAAGGACCUAAUGGAAAGAACCAUUGCUGACCGAAAAUUAUAUGACUUAUUUGAAAAGAAGCAGCUGUUAAAAGCAAAUUUGGAAUCUACUUUGAACGAGUUAAAGGAAGCUCAGGCUCUUGAAGCUGCUCAACCAGGCAGUAUCCCUGCGAAGAAACUGAAGGAACUAGCUCAGAAAAGAGAACGUUUGACUGAAGAUCUAGAAAAAACUGUUCAGGAUAUACAAAAAACAAAGCUUUCUUCUUUAGGAAAAGGUCAAAUUGAGAGACCUGCUGAAAGAGAAUUAUAUGAACUAUCACAAAAGAAACAGAUGUUAUUGGAAAAUCUAAAAGAAUUACAAGAAGCUCAAGCUUUGGCAGCUACCCAGCCUGGCAUUGUUGGUGAAGAAAAACGAAAGGAGCUAGCUGGGCAGAAAAAACGAUUAGCUGCAGAUCUAGAGGCAACUAUGCAUGAUAUACAAAAAGCACAGCGUGCUUCAGAAAUGCCUGAAACACUAAUAGAUAGGGAAAAGGAAUUACAUGAACUGUUGGAGAAGAAAUACCUGCUACUAGAAAAUUUGGCAUCCAGUCGGAAAGAGCUACAGGAAGCUCAAGCACUUGCAGAUGCCCAGCCAGGCAGUGUCAGUGAUCAUAAAUUACAGGUGCUAGCUGAGCAAAGAAAACAACUGACCAAAGAAUUAAAAGCAACUGUGCGCGAUAUACAAGAAAUACAACGCCAUGCUUCACAAAGAGCUCCACCUAAAAGACCCAGUCGAGAAUUGUUUGAACUAUCUGAGAAGAAACAACUCUUGAUAGAAAGUUUGGAAUCCAAGCAGAAGGAAUUACAAGAAGCUCAAGCUCUUGAAGCUUCCCAACCAGGCUCUAUCGGUGAAAGUAAGCUGCAGGAGCUAUCUGAGCAAAAAAGACGAUUGGCUGUAAGUCUAGAAGCAACUGUGCAUGACAUACGAGAAAUACAGUGUCGUACUUCACAACCAGUUAUUCCUGAAAAGCCCACGGAAAAGGACUUCCAUAAACUAUCUGAAUGGAAACAACUUUUAUUGGAACAUAUGGAAUCGAAUCUUAAAGAGCUACAAGAAGCUCGAGCUCUUGCAGCUACUGAACCCAGCAGAAUCACUGAGAGAAAAAUACAGGAGUUAAAUGAGCAAAGAAAAAUUUUGACUGAGAACUUGGAGGCAGUUGUACAAGAUAUGCAAGAAAUGAAAGCUCAUUUUUCACAGACUGGAGCAAUAAUAAAACCCAUUGAAAAGGAUUUAAAUCAGCUUUUGCAGAAGAAACAGGCAUUUCUGGAACAUUUGAAAUCAAAUUUAGAAGAGCUGCAAGCAGCACAAAAACUUGCAGCAACUCAUCCAGAUGAAACCAAUGAGCAAAGGAUUCAAGAUCUUACUAAUGAGAGAAGGCUUUUAGCUGCAGGGCUGGAAGCAAUUAUUCAAGAUUUAGAAAAGGUACAAGAGGUAGUUGGAACAAGAAACAAAGAAGAAAUUUUGGAAGAACUAUCGGAAAAAAGGAGAGUAAUUUUGAAGGAUCUGGCAUCAAAUGUGAAACGUCUGAACAAAGCAAAGGUUCUUGCUGCUGCUGAGCCAGAUGAUGUCAAUUAUCAAAAGGUAGAAGAACUCACUGAAGAAAGGAGGCUUUUGGCUGUCGGUUUAGAUGCAAUUAUGCAAGAAAUAAAGGAUCUGGUUUUAGAUACAGCAGGGGUAUUAAAACCCACUGAAAGAGAAUUAGAUUUGUUUGAAAAGAGACUAUUGUUUUUUGAAAAUCUGACAUUAAAUGUGGAAGAGCUGAAAGAUUUGCAUGCUGCUGCAAACGCUGAACCUGGUGAACAGAAAAAGCAGGAACUAGCAGAGAAGGUAGCACUUUUGAAUGAAAGUCUUGAAACUAUGCUUCAAGAAAUGCAAGAAGAACAGACUUCUGAUGUAUACCGAAGUGCAAUGAUGGGUCCAGACAGGAAAGACUUUAAUGAUUUGAUAAUGCUUUCAAGUUUAGAAUCAAAACUGGAUGAACUAGAAGAAUCAGGAACUCUUUCAUCUAUUCAAUUGGAUGGUAUAAGGAAAAAAGUGCGAUUUUUAAAAGAAGAGAAGAAAAAAUUGAUUGAUAAAUGGCAGGUGCCUGCUGUAGAACAACCAAGAGCAUAUGCAGAUGAUAGAAGCCAUAAAGAAAAAGCGGUAAAAGAAUUCAUUGAACAAAAAAAGGAUUUAUUUUCAUACCUUCAAUCAACUAUUAGGGAUCUGGAAAAAAAAGGCAUAAUUCAAGAAAAAGGUAUAGUUCGAGAAAAAGGCAUAAUUCCUGAUGGUUUUUUAUAUGCAAUACACCAAGGUUUUGAAGACACAUCAAAAGAAAAAAUGGCAUUACAUAAAUAUUUAAUGACAGUUCCAGAAGAUCUUCUGGAAAAAGAGGCUGCUGCUUUAAUGGCUGAAUAUGGACAAGCAGAUGAGAAAACAGCAAAACAAAGGGCUUUGGCUGCAAAGCUAGAAGCAAAUGUUAAAGACCUGAAAGCUGUUUAUGAUAAGGAGAAAUCGAAAAAAAAAUAUGCUGAACCAGGAACACUAAGCAAAAGAAAAAUGAUCUCUGAGCCAGUCAGUCAGCAACAGGCCGUGAAACCAUCAUUGUCUGGGCUGCGAAUACAAAUCCUCAAAGCACCUAUGAUUGAGAAAGGCAGAACUGGCAGUGCUUCUCCAUAUCACAGAAAAUCAGAAAUGGAAGACGAUACUUCAGUCCAGGAAGAGCAGGACAUUUCUUCACAAAGGGAGAUCAAAUUAGCAUAUAAAAGGCAAGCUACACCAGAGGAGAGCAGAAAAUCAUCGCUGCAAUAUCAAGAAAUUAAAAGCUUUUUGCCACAAUUGCCUGGCCUUUCAGAUUUUGAAAGAAAUGCAGGGAGACAGAGUGUGGAUAUUGCUCUGCAAGAAAUACUCAAUUUAAACAAGAUUUUGGGACAGAAAAUAAAUCUUCAACAAGCACUGCAAAUUGCUCAGCAACAGUUACAACAACAGCAACCUUAUAGCCAGGCUGAAAGGAUCAGAAAGCUAUCAUUGACUCCCCAACUUCCUGGCACAACUAGAUUCCAUGAGUAUCCUUCGCAGCCCUCAAGACCAGUGUGGGAAGCAAGCCAAUUACCUCAAAAGGACUAUGCCCACAAGCUGAAUCUGUUAAAAAGAAAGAUGUUGGGACCAGAAGUGAAAGAGCAUGAGAUCAAAUUACUAUAUAAAAGGGAAGGUACGCCAGAGGAGAGUAAAGAAUCAUUGUUGCAAUAUUCAGGAAAUAAAACAUUUUUUCCACAAAUACCUGGCCUUGCGUCUUCUGGCAGAAGUCCAGAGAGACCGAACGUGGAUAUUGCUCUGCAAGAAAUACUCAAUUUUAACAUGAUGUUACGACAGAAAGCAAAACUUCAAAAAGCAUUGGAACGGUUGCAACAACAACAGCAAAAUUAUAUUCUAGCUGAAAGAAUCAGAAAGCUAUCAUUAUUAUCUCCCCAACCUCCUGGCACAGCUAGAUUCCAUGAGUAUCCUACGCAGCCGACAAGACCAGUAUGGGAAGCAAAUCAAUUACCUCAAAGGGACUACUUCCACAAGCUGAAUCUAUUAAGAAGAAAGAUGUUGGCACCAGUAAUGAAAGCUGCGUGGGGAGCUCCAGCCUCCAAAACGACAAGUACUCCAGCCAAUCAGGGUGAAGAAAAGGAUUCAAUUGCUAUUUUUGGAAAGGGAUGGAGCCCCAACCAAAAACAAGCCACGAUCCCAGCAAUAAAGAAAAGGCUAAGAUAAAACUAAUUCUAAUUGUUGUUGAAAUUCAGAUUUGCUGAAUUGUUUAAAAGAACAGUCAAAACAUACAGUGAAAAAUGAAUCUCUUUUGAAAUCUAUGGAGAAAGUUAACUGAACUGGAGCAGAAGCUAAAUACAUGAAAUGUAAACCAUCAGAACUCAUGCAGAUCACAAAAUGUUAAUGGUUUCAGCAGAACACAAUCGCAACAGUCCUAAUCAAAAUUACAGCUUGCUUUCUUUUGUGGCACUUUUAGUUAUGUAAUCAGGUGUUUGAAACAAACCAGACUCUAGAAUUCUCUGAGAUCAUUCAUGAAAUCUCUGAAGGAGCAGGUUGUCUUCCACUUACCAUCCAGGAGAGGUAAGAACAUCAUAUGAAUAAAAGUAGCUUCCCUUGA